AAACGUGCAGUAUAAAUAUCAGCACGAAGCGGGGUAAAGAAUCAACGAAGACACAAGCGCUACGUCCUUCUUGGCGGUCUGUGAAGUUAGUAUAUCAAGAUGAAGAGUAUCAUGGUAAUUCUUGUCCUGGUAGCUUUCGUUAAAGCUAAACCAUGCCAGGUUCCGAGAAGACUGAGUGGAGACUUCAACGUGUUCACUUUCAAUGUCGAUGAAGGAAAAGUGGUCAGCAUUAUAGAAGGAACAACGUAUAUCGACCAAGAACACAAACGUAUCCGCAUUGAAGGUCAUUUCGGCGAGACAAAUAAGUACAAAGUAAUCCAACUUUUUGACGAGAGGAUCCAAUAUGUCAUUUCUGAAGGACACUGUCGAACUAUGCCCGUUACGGGAGAAUUCAAAGACAUGAACAUUCCAGCCAAUGCAAGCAUAGUUGAUAAAGGACGUAUUGGUCCAGCUUCAGAUGGCCUGAAUAUCUUCAGAUAUGCUGAGAUAAGCGCGGAAGGAAAGUAUCUUGAGACAGUCACUCAGAAAGACUGCAUAACCACAUCUAAAGUUGGAGUAGUUAAAGUCGAAGGAGUGCACUACGUCGUUUAUUUGAGCUUCACUGGAGCAUCGUUGGAUUUUGAUGAUGCCGUCUUUGACGUCCCAUCAGAAUGCAGAGAGGUUCCCGCAAGAUCUCGUAGGUCAGUCGAGUGGUUUUUGAACAACCUCAAGCACUUCAUUGGGGCUUGACAAAUGUUGAAGAAAGUCUGGCAGUAGCAGAUAACAAAUGCAGUAACUGGAAAUAGCUAGUUGUUUAGAGUCGUAUGAGCCAGGAAAAUAAAGGUUGCAAAAAAAAAAUAUUCAAAUUU